AUGGCUCAAAAGGGUGCGAAGAAAACUCCAAAACUCCCAAGAAACAGCGAGAUCGCUCCAGGAAUCAGCCGAUUCUCGGCCGGCCGCAUCUUCCACAAGCGCGGUUUGUGGAAGAAGUUGGAGAAGCCAUUGAAGAAGGCCGAGGUUGCACCAAAGUCCACCUUCACUGAGACCAAGAAGGUCGGUGGUGCCAAGAACGGUGGUGAGCGUGUUGUACCAAAGAGAAAGACCAGCCGUCUUCUCCCACAGGUCGGCACCAAGCCAAGACACAACCAGCGCAAGGCCAAGACCCCCAAACUUCGUGCCUCUAUCACUCCAGGUACCGUUCUCAUCGUUUUGGCUGGACGUCACCGUGGAAAGCGUGUUGUCUUCCUGAAGCAGCUCGAGAGCGGUCUUUUGUUGGUGUCUGGUGAGUUCUUUUCAUUCUUUGUUGUGUUUUAGGUAAAGAGCUUGAAGGAUGAUUAUUAAUUUGGUUUUAAAGUUGAUUUCUGAUCUAAUUUUAGAAAAAAUCGGUAUAUAACGAUUGCAAUUAGCUUAGAAGUGACUCUAGAAGGUGUUUUUUUAGUAUAGAAAGCUUAUUUUUUUUAUCUUUCAAGUUAGUUUUCACUCUCAAUUCGUAUAUUUUACUCUUAAAUUAUGUUAAAACCGAUAUUUUCAGGACCCCUCCGCUUCAACGGAACACCACUCCGUCGUAUUGCCCAAGCUUUCGUGAUUGCCACCCAAACCAAGGUCGAUAUUUCCUCCGUGCAAGUGCCAGAAACCCUGAACGACGAGUACUUCAAGCGCACCACCGAGAAGAAGCCAAAGGCCGAGGGUGAGAUCUUCGCCGAAACCAAGACCCAAUACACGGUGACCGACCAAAGAAAGAAGGACCAGAAGACCGUAGACGCCGCUCUGAUUGCCGCCAUCAAGAAGAGCAAGGACGCCAAAUUCCUCAGGUCAUAUCUCGCCACACCUUUCAGCAUCCAGAAGGGCGAUAGACCCCACCAACUCGUCUUCUAA